CUCAAAUAAUAUUUUAUCUAAUUGCCAGUAUUUAUUAAUUUUUUUGCUGUGUUUACAUUGCAUAUUUGCCUUCAAGAUGAAUAGCAAUAAUAUCUCAAUAAUUUGUCGUCAAGUGACAACUUCGCUGCUCGUUCUUUUCGCCAACAUUAGUGGCUGCAACAACAGCAGCAGAAGCAACAGCAAUGUGGCAAAACCACAAACAACAAAAUCAAACGAUCAAUGAAUGUCCCGUCCGCGGAAACGAUUUGAGCGCAACAAGUUGACGAUGAUCCAAUGUGGAAAAACCGCUCAAGAUGAGAAGCCGACCGUUGCUGCUGUUGCCUCGUAGAAGUGAUCCUGUUUUUCGGGGUAGCAACGCCAAUUUAAUUACACCGAGGUGCUUUUUGACUGUUUGGAACCUUUUUAAUAAUUACGUUGAAACGUUGUUGAUUCUUAUUAAAUAUUGUUUUGUUGAAUCUGAGGACGAACAAAAACAAAAAAAAUCCUAAUUCAAGUCAAGGAAACCAACAUAUGGAAAGGCAACUCUAGGACAAACAACAAAAAAAGAAGAAAUACCAAAACAACAAAUCGCGAAAAACAACAACAAAAAAGAACUUAUGUGCAAUCGUUUUGUCUUUGUAAUAACUUAAUUAAUUAACUAAAUAAUUUGUAAAUAAUAAUAAUUUAAGUUAAUUUUUGUUUGUUUAUUUUCUUAUAAAUACGUUAAAACUAAUCAAAAAAACAAAACAAAAACAAAACUAAAAACGGUAAAUCAAAAAUUAAAAAUUUUCAUAUAAAAAAGAACGCUCAGUUUCAUUACAUUAAGUUACAAAUACAACAAAAAAGUGAUUUUCUGUUAGUUUCUCAAAAUUUAACAAACAAAAUUUACAACAAAAUUUGGAUUACAACUACAACAACAACUACAACAACAACAACUGCAACCACAACAACAACCCCCCAGUAAUAAUAAUUAUAACAACCGCAAAUUAAUAAUAGCAACAAUAAUAAUAAAAAAACUUCAACAGUAAAAAUCACAACACAACAACAAACACACAACUAUCGCAUCUACAAAUACAAACUACAGCUACAACCGCAAAAACCAAUAAGCAAAGGAUAACAAAUCGCAACUACAACUACAACAGGAACAACAAUAAAAUAACAACAGUAACAAUAAUAAAAACAACAACAACCAACAGUAAAUAAGAUAAAAUAUAAUAAUACUACAACAAAAACAAGAAAUACAAACAACAAUCUAAUAACACAAAAAUCUAUUAAAUCGAAUUACAACAAAUCAGCAACUAAACAAUAAACCAAACAACCCCCAAAAAUCAGAACAACAACAGCAAUAAACUUAAUAACCAACGAAAGAAAAACAUAAGCAAAUCCACGAAAAGUCAAUUCGGCAAACAAAUCAAACAAAAUUGAAGCAGUAACAAACCAACAACAAUAGUAAUAGUAACUACAACAACAAUAGCAACAUCAACAAAAACAAACCGAAAAACCGCAAUAGUAAAUAGUAACGAAACAAGUAUGCAAUAAAAACAACACAUUUUAAUAAGACCAAUUUAACUAAAUAAAAAAGAAGGAGCAAUAAAUAAAAUAAAUACAAAUAAUAAUACAAAGCAGAUACCGUUAAACCGUGAAAUAGUAUACAAAUCAAGCGAACCCAAAACUGAAAACAAAAAUAGUCUCAAAAUUUGCAAACAGUAAUUAAAAAAAAACGGAAAUAAUUAUUAACAACAACUACAACAACAGUAAGAAAAACAACAGCAACAGCAGCAACAAAAUAAAAAACAAAAACAACAAACCGGUUAACCAGAAAAUCAAACCAAAAUAAAAUAAACAGGAAAACAGAAAAUCGAAAUAGCCAAAAUUUGUUAAAUUUUUAAACAAAAUUUCUAUUCUGGACGUAAAUUGUAAAAAUUUGAACAUUUUAACGAAAAACUUUUAGUUCGGUAAUUUUUCGUGUUUAAAUUUUGUUCCGAACUGUUCUGAACACGAGUGUCAAAAAAGCCAAAAACAACAACAAAAACAGCAUAUGUGAAGAACAUCAACCAGCUAAAAGCACAAAAAUCUUUAAGGCAAAAAAUUUGAAUGCAUUAAUUGCCCAGAAGAGAAUAAAAAUAAAAUCGUGUUGGCCAAAAAAUUCUUCCAAGUGUAGAAAAUUGAAAAAAGUGCGAGCUUUAAAUGUGGUGAAUAUAGUUAAAAAAAAAACAUAAAAUUUUUGAACGGAUUUGCACCAGAAGUGCGUGGCAAGAAAGAAAACAUUUUUAAAAUCAAUUAAACCCGUUUCGAAAGACCAAAAAGGCGUUGUUCUCCCAUGACAAAAGCAUAUUUCGAUUGAAUACGAAAUCGGUAUUAAACGGCGGCUAAAAAUUUAGUCAACUCAAGCAAUUUGAGGUGCAGUGCCAGCGAAGAAGAAUUCGAGAAAAUAGUUUGCCAAGCGGAAAAGUGAAAAACAGCGCACGAAUAGCGUUACAGCAACGAAUAGUAAAGUUGCAUUUUUUCAGCUAUAAUAAAAAUAAAAGAAAAAUUGCUUCAAAGCAAAUUUCAAAAAAGAAAAUCAAAAAUAUUUUGAAAAACGUUUUGCAAAUAAAGUUUUGGACACAAAUUUUUAGUGUAAGUUGAAAGUCAUGGAUUCUCUAUGCGAAAACCGAAAAAAAAUUGCAUGAAAGAUACACACACUCACCCACAAAAAUAAAUUUAUAAAACAUAAAAACAAAAAUUAUUAAUGUAUUGUGGCACAAAGAUAAAAAACUAGUUUCGGAACAAAAAACCAAAAACAAAAUAAAUAUUCCAAUAUAUGCGUAAACUAUUAACUAAACAAAAUAACACACAAUAUAUACUAAAAGAUAAAUAAUUCAAAUAAUAAAAAAGUAAAGCAAAAAUAAAUUGAACAAAAGCAGUAGUGUUUUAUAUGAAAACUGUGAAAAAUUUUACUACUUCAAAAAUCCAAAACUGGGACAGCAUGUGUUAGAAACAUAAAUUAAAUUCAGCAAAAAGAAAUAAAAAUUAAAUCGCAACGACCAUUUCGGAAGGAUUUAAAACCCAGCCAAAACAGAUCAUUACCUAAUCAAAAAAGGACCCAACAUCUUUGGCACCAAAAAAAUCAAAUCAAUAUAAAUUUAUUGAUCAGUAUCAGAGUCAGUGUAAGAUAGCAGACUUCGCAGCACCUUCAUUGCUUGUGGCACAAUAUUGUAAUCACGAAAGAAGGUCAUUGCAUUGCAUCAUCAUCAACUACGAACUGGCCAACUGUUUGGAAUUCCAGGAACAUCAAAGAGUUUGAGAAAAUAUUUUAUAAGCAAAAAUAAAAAGAUUUUAACUUUAGACAUAUAAAUACAAUUUGGGACUAAAAGUAAAGAUUUUUAGCAAAAGCAAAAACAAAAGCAAAUAAAAUAUUAAAACAUAAAAUAAAUAUAAAUAUAAACAUCAGUUAAAAGUCAAAGAUUAAGAAGAAAGGAAAUAAAUCACGAUAAUAAAAAUUUGCAAUAAAAGUAAAACAUGAGAAGCCCCUUGAAAACAGCCACAACAACAAAUGUAAUAAUUUAGCACACAAAUCAGGAGUAUUGAAAAGUUAAGUGCUUUCGCGAAAGAGAGUAAUGAGAACAUCAAAGGCAAAAUAUAAGAUAAUGAAGAGCAUAAUUUAAAACAGCAGUAAAACAACGCUGAAAGAUUGAGAGAAAUAAAUUUGAGAGUCAAAACAAAAGCAUCUUCAUACGUAAAAUGGUCAAAAUGAGCUUUAAUGCGCAAUAACAGCAACAAGUUGAAUUACAACAAAAUAUAGUUAGCCGUUGAAAAGUUGAAAAUUGCUCGGCUACUGAAGCGAGAAGAGUAGAAUAUAUCGCACAACCUUGCAACUCCUCUACGCAUUUCAAAUCCUCAACUGAAUACACCAGUCGAUACAAAGUGAGCAACAGCAACAGCCACAAAGCACUCACUACUCACACACUUCUUCCUCCAGCGAUAUGGCGAUCAACUUCUCCGCCUCGUUUGCGGCCUGCAUUGCCGCUGGGCUGAAGGUACCGCGUCAAAUAAUGUACUGCAUCACGCAGGACACGGGGCAGCCUUACGUGCUGUACAAAGACUCACAAGAUGGAGAACGUAAUCCGGCCGCAAUUGGUGGUUCGGCCGCGCAGUGGGGUAGCGAAAUGUAUCCGGGCAUACAGCAACAGGCGCAGCAACAUUUGCAGGCGCAACAACAACAAAAUGGACAAAAUUCGGCGGCGCAAAUAGCGAGCGCCGCGCAAGCAGCUGCCGCGGCUGUGGCGCAACAACAGCAACAGCAGCAACAACAAGGCCAACAGCCACAUAGUCCGACGGGCGACGUGCGCGAAAACGGCGGUGAUGGUGGCGGCGGUGUUGGGCGGCAGCAGGGUUCGCCAUCGACCAGUCCGUAUCCGCCACAGCAACGUGUCAAUGGCGGUGGCGCACCCGAUGAUGAUGUCACCAUGAGCCAGGUCGCCAACCUGCAGGCCAACCAGCAGCAGAAUUCGGCGCAGCCAAAUCCAAACCAAAGCAACAAUGACCCGCAACAACACCAGUCCUCGGGCGGCGAUGCCGGCACGGGGAACCCACAGCAACAACACGUACAGAACGGCGGACCCCCACAGCCGGGCCAGGCCAACGAUAACUUCCAAGCGCCUCAGGGUGGUGAGCUCGGCGGCUACUAUGCGCCACGCCAUCCCGCGCCUCAAGGUGCCAUGUUGCCGCCACCCGGUUUCCCAGCACUGCACUAUCUCAACAAACCUGUGCUACCCGGCAUGACAGGCGCCAUGGAGCAGAAUGGUGGGCUCGAGGCGUAUGCCAUGCCCGAACUGCUGCCAGGCGCUGGCGGUGGCGGCGGUCCACAGGGUAACAACGGACAGCAGAACGGUGGCGCUGGCGGCAAUGCACAUAACAAUGGUGCCAAUGGUGGCGCCGAAGGCACAGGCCCCACCACUGGCGGCACAGGCAACGGAAAUGGGACUGGCACUGGCACCGGUGGUGGUACUGGUACAGGUACUGGCACAGGCAGCGGUCGCGGUCGUCAUCCCAACCCCAAUAAACCGCCAAAACCACAUAGCGACUUGCGACUGUUCAAGUGUUUGACCUGCGGCAAAGAUUUCAAGCAGAAGAGUACGCUGCUGCAGCACGAUCGCAUUCACACCGAUGCUCGUCCGUAUCCAUGUUCGGAGUGUGGCAAACGUUUCCGCCAGCAAUCACAUCUGACGCAACAUUUACGCAUACACGCCAACGAGAAACCAUUCACCUGCGGCUAUUGUUCGCGCAGCUUCCGUCAGCGGGCGAUACUCAACCAGCACAUACGCAUCCAUUCGGGUGAGAAGCCCUACGCAUGCCCAGAGUGCGGCAAGCACUUUCGCCAGAAGGCCAUCCUCAAUCAACAUGUGCGCACCCACCAAGAUGUCUCACCGAAUCUUAUCUUCAAGAAUGGCCCACAUCCAACUCUCUGGCCACAGGAUGUUCCAUAUCCGGGUGAUGAGACUGACACGAAGAAUGACAUAGCCAGCGGUAGCGGCUACCAUGACGAGGAUUCACAGGGUACGCCCGACGGCAGCGGCGGUAUACAUUAUCCGUCAUACUUUAAGGACAACAAAGGUAAUAAGAACUGGCAAAAGAUAUUGCCUGAUGUGCUGCAGCAUAUCGGGGUACGACCAGCCAAUAUGCCGCUCUACGUACGUUGCCCCAUCUGUGACAAGGAAUUCAAGCAGAAGACAACACUGCUCCAACACGGCUGCAUACACAUCGAGUCGCGUCCAUAUCCAUGCCCGGAAUGCGGCAAACGCUUCCGUCAGCAGUCGCACCUAACGCAACAUUUACGGAUACAUACGAACGAAAAACCAUUUGGUUGUUUGUAUUGUCCGCGUUUCUUCCGACAACGCACCAUACUGAAUCAGCAUAUUCGUAUUCACACCGGCGAGAAGCCAUACAAAUGCGCGCAAUGCGGCAAAGAUUUCCGACAGAAGGCCAUACUGGAUCAGCAUACACGCACGCACCAGGUAGGCGAUCGACCGUUCUGUUGUCCGAUGCCGAACUGCCGACGGCGCUUCGCCACCGAAAACGAAGUGACCAAACACAUCGACAACCACAUGAAUCCGAAUACAACAAAAGCGCGUCGCCAAACUAACGCGAAUAAUCCGAAUGCCUCCAACGUCAACAAUCCGAAUGCCAACAGUCAUGUCGCUAGUGCAGCGGCAUCAGCUGCCGCAGCCGCAGCCGCCGCCAAUCAUCUGAUGAACGAAACCAAGAAUGCGGCACAACAAUUCCUCAACAAUAACAAUCCGGCUGCGGGCGGUGGCGACAACAAAGCGAAUAUAUUGCCACGCGCCAUGGCGGCCGCGCAAAAUGCGGCCAUACAACAGUCUGUGGUCAAGAAUGAGCUGUACUUCCCGCAGUGUUAUGGACCGCCAUUCCAGCAGGCGUUUCAAACGCAGGGACAGCCCACAGCGGCGCAUAGUGGCGGAGCGGCUACACAGCCGCCAGUAAAUGUGACGGUGCCGAACUCGGUGGCGCCAGGGGUGGUGGUGCAACAAAAUACGCCCACAUCGGUGGUGGCUCAGUGACAUCCCACCACAACGACGGCAGCCGCAGCCGCCGCAGCAGCUGUGGCGGCAGCAGCAGCAGCCAACAAUGUGGCAGCGCAGAGUGGCGGAGUAGUGGUGCCCACAACGGCAAGUGCAAGCAAUAAUAGCGCAGCGGCACAGCAACACCAACAGCAGCAGCAACAACAACAGCAACAUCAACACCAGCAGCAGCAGCAGCAGCAGCAACAACAACAGCAUGCACAACAUGGCCUUUCACCGCCACAAACAGUUACACUUUCCAUAACAUUGCCACCAGUAGCACCGCUGCCCAGCGCCACUGCAGCAGCGGCGGCAGCAGCUGCAGCAGCCGUAGCGCAUCAUCCAGUGCAGGCGCAUCAGGCCUCACAUGUGGGCGGCGGCGCGAGCAUCUGUGGACCGCCAACACAUCUGCCGCCAGCGCAUAGCGGCGGAGGAGGCGGCGGCGCAUUAGGAGUGCAGCCACCGCCACCACCACCACCACACACACUGUCACACGCUAUUCCUAUACAUCCCCACAUACACUCAAUAUUCGGAUCUCUAUGAUGUCAUCAAGCAGCAGCCUAAUUAUAUGAUGAAUUUGAGUACAUAUAACUGAGAAGCCAACAAAAAUACAACAACUAAAAAAAACUAAAAAAAAAACAAUAUUGAAAAUAAAUUAAAAUGAGCACAUAAAAGCGAAUAAUGCUAAAAAAUUAAAAAUAAAUUUAACUUGCAAUAACGGUACACCUACUAAACUACGCAAAUAGCAGCAAAAACACGCAAAUUAUUGUAACACCUACUCAGUCACUCACGCAAUUUCCGUUACUCCAGUGGAGUGCACUGUUGAGCGCUGAUUUCGCUAGAUUACGCAAAACUGUAUUCACACGCAUACACAUACAAUAUCUGCAUAUGUAUGUAUGUAUAAUGUUGCCAAAUUAAGCCAACAAAGCGUACACGCCUACUUCUGUUUUUAAAUACGACCACACAAACUCAUGCGUACAUACAUACUUAUCAUUUACGUUGAAUGGUUUCAAAUGCGAAAGAAAAUACAUUUUAAUCUUAGUUGUGUAUUUAUAAUAAUCAGUAACGCAUGAAAAGGCAAAGAGGAGUGAAGUUUGAAAAUCAGAAAUUCACAAAAAGCAAGUAAACUAAAAUACAAAAAAUGCGUCUGAGUAAUUGUACCGUAAAAAGCACUCAAUUCUUGUGUGUAUUAGGCGUAUCUACAUACUACCACUACCAAUUACCGUUUUAUACUUAUACUACUAUUUUUAACGCUACAUAUUUACGACCGUGCGUACUGUGUGAACGAACAAUUCUGCAAUGACAAACAGAACACUUGUUUUUUUUCUAUUGUAAACCACUUUUGAUUUAAUUUUAUUUUGAACAGCAAGAUAUAUUAACGAAAAUUGCUGCAAAUAUGCAAAAUAUAUUCAAUGAAAAUCUAAGCAAAUGUUUCUCCUAUACGGGCCUGCUUAUAUGUAAUUACUACUACAUAUACAUAUAUAAAGUAACUAUAAUUUCUAAUAUUUUUAAUUUUGUAAGCGAAAACUAAGUUUAAAGCAUAAAAGCGUGUGAAGUAACAGCAGAGCAAGUGAAAAGUAGCUUUUAAUUUUAUUAUAAUUCUCUAUCAUUACUACUACUUAUAUGUAUACAUACAAACAAUAUUAUUUUUCAUAUAAACACGCUCACACACCCAACUACUCUUAAACAUUUUCACCACUCGCGCCACACCCACACACAUACAUUCAUUUAUGAGCAUAAAUUUAUGAGUAAAAUGCGUUGAUUUGUAUGCCUGACUUACAUACUUACAUACUUGCAUAUAAUGUGUAGUUUAAACCAUAACAACAACAAUAAAGCAUGCCAUUUACGGCGUGCGCCAGUCUUUUCGAAAAGGACUCUAAACGCCUUCAAAAUAUUAAGAGACGGAAAAACAAAUUGAAUACAUUUAAAAGGUAACAGUUAAAAACUCAUACAAGCGGAAAUUACGUUACCAAAUAAUAGACAAAAUGAAAUAGUUGAUUGAAUCAAAAAAAAAAACAGGCUUACAAAAGGAAAAACCGAAAUGCCAAUAAUAAAAGUGCAAGAAGUGGUGUUGUAUGUGAGCAGCUGAGCGGCAUUACCUCGAUCUCACAUGCCUUUGGGCGAUGUAGUUCUUCCAGUAUGUUUGGCCAGCUUAAAAGCAAAAUUCCCAAGGUCCACAUGACCGCAAGAAAACUAACUGCUUACCUAGAAUUGAUCUCUGUUCGAAUUUUUUAAUAGCAAUUUGGCUUCAACCCCGCAUUGCGCCUAAGACGAAGCGAUAUCUGUGGCAUAAACAAACACUAUAAUAGCCUAGACAGACGGCGGCGUAAUCGGGUUUACCGGCGCAGUUAAUUCUGAUGAAAAUUGUAGCGUGACAGACGCUUGUUACGCGGAUUAGAGAACAGCUGAUUUCCUUAUUGGUUAGUUUUGUCAGUAACAUAUGGAUCGCAGACAACAAACACGGCUAGUAGCUGGCCUGAUACUACGAAACAACUCAUAUACUUAGGCGUAGUACUGAGCAUAAAUAAGGAUGCAUUCUUAUGACCGUAUUUUACCAUAUCAAACUUGUGAAGUCUUCAUUGAUAUCAAAGGAACAAAAGCUCCAGGUGAACAAGAAAGGCGACAUACGUAAAAUGAGAAUCUCACCACAUAGAGCGAAAGCGGGCAGUCGAGGAUGCAAUGGUCCGCCCCAGAUUGUAAUGCCAAUAUUGAUAUGUUACUAAGAAAUAAUUAUUUAGUUAAAAGAUUCUUAAAUUGCAAUUUCUCGAACUGCUCCAAAAUAUCAAGCAAAUUAACAUAAUUUCGAACGUGUUAGUGCAAACUAGCAUUGCAUCCAGUCUUUCUUGUUCUUCUCUUUAAAACUUUCCCGGCCUCCGAACAAAUCUGAGUAGAUCUUGUGGUGCCAAGGAGAUACGGUGGUCGUUUUUUAACACAUCAGGGCCAAAGACUUCAAGCCUGAUUCGAGCGAAGGCCGGGAAGAGGCACCGAAAGUGGUCCGCCGUCUCAUCCUCCUCUCCACAUGCUGGGCAGAGUGUACUGUCUGAAAUGCCUACCUUUUCCAUGUGCUUCGCUUAUAGAAAGUUAUCAGUCCAAUUAGCUGCUUAUAGUCCCUUCUGCUUAAUGACAAGUCGCAGACAGUCGGUCGGCCACGAAUAUUUAGUCGGCAUUGUCUUGACUCAACUACUAUAGGUAAACACACACAAUGAAAAAAUGUAGUUCUCAGCUCUCUUCUCGGAAUGACUUCAAAGCCAAAAAUCUCUACCAAGACAGUUUAGACGGCGGAAAACUGUAGGCGCCUCCGCGUGUAGGACUAGAUUAACAAGUGCGUCAAAAAUUGGAAGAGAAGCUCGGUCAAAUACCUAAUAAAGAAUGUAAACGCCGGAAAUUGAAUCGAAAUUUUUUUGUAUCAGCCCAGCUCAGCACUAGCACUUGAAUAAAAAUAUGAAAUUUGCGAUAGUUAAGUCUUUAUUGCGAUUCUCAUGCAGCUCUAAAAAUUUGCUGAGUUUAAAACAAAAACAAUUACUGGUUUUUAUUAAACGAGAUGAAGCCGACUUCAAGGUCCAGUUACCAGUUAGACAAAAAAUCGUUUCAUCUAAAAUCUGAGAAAAUGUAUCUAAAAAAAGCUAGGCUUACUAUUUAGCCCCCAUUGCAGAGGCUGUGAGGACGUUUCAGAGCAGGAGACUGUUAAGCACUGCCUCUGCAAAUGUCCGGGUUUCGCAGGGAGACGAUUAGUGUCGCUGAGUGCUACUUUCUUCGACUGCCUGGGGCAGUGCGCCGAGCUAAAUCGCAUCAAUCUUUCCCAUUACCUCAACAGCUCUGGCUGGCUGUAGAUAUCUGUCUGUUAGAGGAUUCAUAACGCUAUCAAAACGGCGCUUUAAAGCUACUUGGGGUGUGCCAGAGUGGUACUUCAAUCAUUUCAGCUACUUAGAUAUCUAAUCGUAGACGUCUAGUUUUAUUUAGCGGAAAAUCACAUACAGCUACUAUGAAUUGUGUAGUUCGGUUUUUCCUCAUUUCUAUUGUUCUCCCAACAAUCGCAUUAAAAACACGUUCAAAUAAUAGUCACACCUACACACACAUGCUCGCAUAUAUACGCAUAUGCCUUUUGUUUUCUUCAACUUACACUACUCGUAUUAAAAAACUGGUUUUAAAAGGCAAGGCAAGAUAAAAAAUUAAUUAAAUUUAGUUUUAAAAGCAAAUACGUUCGCAUAGUUUUUCGCUUAAGUGAUAUAAAAAUUUUUUAAAUAAUUGUAGACAUACAAGAAAUACUUUAAUACUUUUAUGGUUUACUAUGUUAACGACUCGCAAGCAUACAUACAAACAUAUGUACGUUAAGAAAUGAAGUAAGAUUUUGAGCGCGCAAGUUGAAGUCGUACUAAGGCGCGCUAGAGGAAGAACAAAGAGAAGAAAGAGCGGCAACAGCGGCAGCUGAGCAUAGCUGAGUGUUGCAGCAAAGUGAUGAGCAUGAAGAAAGUGUCGAAAAAAUGACUUACUUUAUGUUAAAUUUAACUUGAACUUGAUACUUUAUUUUAAAUUAAAAGUAUGAUAUAUUAUUUUAUUAAAAAAAAUAGAAAAAAAAACAAUUUUUUAUAAAUACAUCUUAGUUUGUCACAAAUGAGUAUGCAAUUAUAAUUUUUUCGUUAACGUCGUUGUGCGCAAGCAAAAUAGUUUUUCUUAUUACCACGUAACUAAUACUAAUGUAAUAUUUUUUCACAGCAAAAUGUGAUUUGAUUUUUCAUGCCUUAUUUUGAUAAAUGCCUUUAACUCCUUUUAUUUGUUUUAAUUUUUAUUUAUUAACAAACAUUUGAAAAAUACUUAUUUAAAGCGUGAAAAAAUGCGUUUAAGCAAAUGUCUUCCCAAUUGUAAAUUAUUUAAUAUUUUUUUCAUUGCUGUUUAAGUUUUGUAAUUUUAUGCUGUGUUUACUUGUAUACUCCCUAUAGCGUGCAGCCACACUAGAAAAAGUCACUUUGAAUAUGCCCCUUAAGAAAAAUUUAUUGGAAGUGCUUAGCACGUUUUUUUUCUCAAAUUCCUUGCUUACUAAAAGCGCGAAAAUUUUUAAUUUUUUGUACGCAUAUUUCACGGGAAAUAUAACUCGUUAGGUGCCAUAAAAGCAGCAAACAUACAUAAUCGAUAUGUUAACAAUGCAAAGCGUUGAAGUGAUGAUGUAAGGCAUUACCUGGUAAUGCCAUGUGACACGAGUUGGCCAAAACUAUAUUGCAAAUAUUUAAACAAACAAAAAAAAAAAACUAAUACGCAAAAAACAGGUUCGCGCUUUUGCAGACAAGCGAGCGUGUGAUUUCAAAGACUUUUUCGUGUGGGUGCGCUAAGUUUUUCCCCUGGCAGCAAAUGAGAGAGAUUUUUUAAACUUAAAAUUUGUAUUGUAAAAAUAAUUCAAGAAUUUCGUUAAGUGUGAAUAAAUUUGUAUGCCUUAUUUUUUGUAUUAAAUGGAAAAACAAAAACGUAUAUGAAUUCGAGUUCGAUUUUGUAUAAUAUAAUUUUAUUAUUUUAUAUUUUAAAAGCAUUUAUAAUUGUUAAAUUAUUACAAAGCAAAAAAAAAAAAUUAAGUAAAUAUGUUUCCUAAUGAGCAAAGUAAUGAUUUCUUGCAAAACUAUUUAUAAUUUAAAGCAGCAAAUACGUACGAAAGCAAACAACACCAGCACACACACACAAAAACCUUAUUAAACGUACAUACAUACAUAUAAAAUACAAUAUUGAAAACCUAUAUAUCUACUAUAUAUAUAUAUACAUACAUACACGCAUACAUGCAUACAUACAUACGUGCAUAUUUAUGUAUAUGCAAUGUGACGUUGUAAUGAAAUGAACUUAUAAUUUUUCUUGUUUAUUUUUUUAGUUAGUUAAGUUUUAAAGUAAAUCAACUUGCAUCUUACAAAUGUUCGCUGAUGAGAAGAAAAAUAUUAUACAUACUUUUAAAUAAAAAUAUAUAUAAAUUUUUUGAA